AUGAAGCUGUUAGCCAUCUCUUCGUUUUCGCUGUUGACAGCAUUCUGGGGCACUUGCUCUGGCGCCGAGGUACAAUGCACAAGAGAGACGGCAAAUGUCAGGAAGGAAUGGGCGGCGUUGACUCCAACGGAACGCAUAGACUAUAUCGAUGCCCUUCACUGUCUCGCUGAAAAGCCCCCUGUCUACGACACUCAAACCUAUCCCGGAGUACGCACCCGCUGGGAUGAUUUCGUGGCAACCCAUAUCAACUAUACGCUCUACAUCCAUUUCAACGGGCUCCUGCUUCCGUGGCAUCGCAACUUCAUCCACCUCUGGGAAACCGCCUUGAGGGAGGAGUGCGGAUAUAAAGGAUAUCAACCCUACUGGGACUGGCCUUCGAACUCGCACGAUCUCGCUAACAGCCCGCACUUUGAUGGAAGCCCGACUUCGCUCUCUGGUGAUGGAGAAUACGACGAACAUGCGGAGCGAGACCCAACCCUGCCCAAAGGCACCGGGGGCGGCUGCGUCCUCUCGGGGCCAUUCAAAAACCACACGGUGAACAUGGGCCCAUUCUAUGAUGUCCCAAGUGGCGUAUUCCCACCCAAUGCCUUUGCCUACAACCCGCACUGCCUGCGUCGGGACCUGAACACGCGAGUUUCGGCGUACUGCAACAGCCCCGACGUUACCGCGGCCCUGCUUGCAGCGCCCAAUAUCACCGAGUUCCAGACCAUUGUUGACAAGGGGCUCAUGGGGGUUCACCUUAAUGGUCCCCAUGGUUGUGCGCAUGCAAGCGUCGGGUCGGUCAUGGGAGAUCUCUGGGCGGCCGUGGCGGAUCCCUCGUUCUUUCUGCAUCAUGCAAACUUGGACCGUAUGUGGGCGUUGUGGCAGGAAAAGGAUGAGGCGACGCGCAGGGUCGCCCUGAACGGCACUUCGAGCAUCUACAAUAGCCCCGAAACACCUGAUGUGACGCUUGAUUCUAUUUUGCUGUACGGCAAGCUCGACCAGACGCGUCAGAUCCGGGAGAUGAUGGACCCGAUGGGGGGUAGGCUGUGUUACAGAUACGAGUAG